AGCGUCGACGUCAAGCUGAAGAUGGACCACAAGAGCGACCUGGUGUUCCUGGGGGACAUGAAGCCGGACGAGAUCAGCUACCGCCUGAAGAACUACUACAAGUUCAUCUUCGUGCGAAACCCCAUGGAGAGGCUGCUCUCGGCCUACAGGAAUAAAUUUGGGGAGAUCAAGGAAUACCAGCAGAAGUACGGGGUGGAGAUCGUCAGGCGGUAUCGGAAGAACGUGAACGCGGACGCCGACUACGUCCUCGAGCGAGUCCAGUCGCCCUCCUUCAUCCGCUUCCCCGAACGGCAGUCGUGGUACAAGCCCGUGACGGCGGAAACGCUCCAUUACUACCUGUGCAACACCCAACGCCGGCUGAUAAAAGAGCUGUUACCAAAAUACAUCCUGGAUUUCUCGCUCUUUGCUUACCCCCUUCCCAACAUAACCAGCGAAUUCUGCAGGCAAUGA